UCAUCCGUAGAACCCUUGUUCAUCUCCCCAGUUUCCACAGGGUCUACUCCUCCCCGGAGCCCCCCAUUCGAUCCUUCUCAUCCCAUCCCCUUCCGCCGAUCAACACUGCACGCUACCCUCUCGCAAGGCCGGCUGUCCGGGGGUAGCCAGGCGCCACGGUGGCUGCUCCUGGAUUUAUCUACCAGCGCCGUCCUCUUGCGCCGCCCGGCGCGAUCUCGGGAGUCCCCGCCGGCGAAGCGAGGGGUUCUCUGAUCCGCGGCUUCCUUCCCCCGGGCGGCAAAGCUUUGGCGCCAGCGGCGGUCGAGCUUUCGAGCGUGCGCACGGAGUCACGCUUGCACAUCGGGCGGUAAACAAUGGCGACAACGCCAGCGCGCCAGUACCGCUUCCCCGCGCUGCCGGAGAAGGAGGAGGAGGAGGACGACCAGGCGGUGACGCGGUGCAGCAGGCAGUCGUGCGGGACGUGCAGCGCGUCGGCUGUGGCGAGCUGCGUGGCCCUGUGCUGCUGCCCGUGCGCCGUGCUCAGCUGCCUCACGCUGGCGCUCGUCAAGGCGCCCUACGCCGCGGGCCGGCGGUGCGUGGCCAGGCUCGCCCGGAGGCGCCUGCGGAAGGCGAGGGCGAGGCGCGUCCGUGACCUGGACGACGAGCAGCAGCAGGGCCCGCGCCGGAGCAAGGAGUGGGGCGAGCUUGCUCGUGCGGCCGCGGUCGGCGUCGAGGCCAGGGCGAAGGUGAGCUCCAGGAUGGACGCCUCGGAGAAGGUGUGGGCGGACAUGUACCAGGUCGGGCUCUGGGGUUUCGGCCGGCUGUCCUUCUCGUCGCCGGUGGCCGGGGGAGGAGGCGACUGCGACAAGGACGGCGACCCUGCUUCUGAGUGAGACGUGCACUGGCUCAUCACUCUAAAGCAGCCAUGUCUAAUGUCUUCUUGUACAAACCUUUUUUUUUUGUUUCCUUUGGCAAUGGCCUGUACAAACUUCCCUUGCUGGACGAGACGCGCGUGUGGAUUUUGUGAUGGUGCGGAUCGUGGGCUUGGCAUGGUAUUGGGGUGCGCUCUGCCUGGUGUGUCUCGUGGGCGACUGCCGACUGAUCACCUUCAUUGUUGCAGCAGAACUCUGCAACAAUUGCACGUGAUUGUACAAACUGCUUUCUGUGGGUGAUGUGUGGUGCUUUUGUUCGUGGCUUGUUGGGUAACACGGUAACAAGACUGUUGCAUCAUAAACA